AUGUCUCAGUUGAAGUCCUCCAGCUCUCCCGCUGCUGCUGCUGCUGCUGCUGCUGCGCCAGCUGCUGCUGCAGCGGGCGCCGCCCCCGCGGCUGCUGCUGCAGCGCCCCCCGCCGCUCCCGCUGCCGCCGCUGCUGCUGCUCCCCCCGCAGCAGCAGCAGCAGCAGCAGCAGCAACAGCAGCAGCAGCAGCAGAAAGCAUCGUGGUGGGGGGCGGCUGCUUCUGGGGCCUGGAGAAGCUGUUUGUGGAGGAGUUCAAAGACAAGCUGGCAGCAACUUGUGUGGGGUACGCAGGUGGACAUACACCCCACCCCACGUACGCCCAAGUCUGCAGCAGCAAAACUGGACACUUCGAAGCUCUUCAGAUUUCUUUUUUUCCGCAAAAAGUCCUUUUGGAGGAACUCCUCACCUUCUUCUGGACUGUCCACGACCCCACCACUCCCAACAGACAAGGCCCCGACGUGGGCCCGCAGUACCGCUCCGCUGUCUGCGUCCCAGACCCCACACUGCUGCCUCUUGUGCUGCAAAUUAAAAACAAAAUGCAACAAAAGUGGAAUUUUAAAAUCCAAACUGAAAUCAUUUCCGAUCCCAACAAAUGCCACUUCUGGCCAGCCGAAGAGCACCACCAAAAGUACCUUUUCAAGAACCCGGGCGGCUACUGCUCCCACAGGAAGCACUUCUAA